CUAUUAGUGUUCAUCUAUACCCCAAGUACUGAACAUCAUAAAAUAAGAGGAAAAAACCCUCCAGACUGACACAAGUGUUUGACCAAAAGGUGGCAGGCUUUUCCAUAUCAAAGCAAGUCCUUCAUUCUGAUUGACUGUCUUUCCAGCUUGAGAGGGAAAAAGACCCUGAGGGAAAAAAAGACAGAAGAGCAUCUUUUGCAGAGCAGGAAGAGAGGAAGGUAGAGGUAAGGAGAAGAUCACAGUUUCUAUGUGAUGUGUGCGAAUGUGAAACAGGAGGGAAACUUGGCACUUGCCAGGUGAGAGUGUGUGAUGGGAUGAGGAGGUGAGAAAACAGGGAAUGUCUCCAUCUUUGUGCUUGUUGUGGGUUGAAAGUAAGAUGCUUGUGCACUUGUUUGGAAGUGUUGAAAUGAUUGUUGCCGGUCUGUGGAGUGAAGGAUUCACUUUAUAUUGUAAUAUGUGCUAUGAAUAUAUGUAUUAUUGCAUUGGCUUAUAAGUAUAGUAUAGUAGAUAUAAAGUAUAUAUAGUAUAUAAAGUAUAGUCGUAUAAAGAAUUAGGUAUAGUAAUUUAUAUGUUUUGUGUACAUAAUACCAUGCUCUUUUGCUUGAUUCUCUUUUAUUUUGCAGCAUGUUCAGAUUAAAUUGCUUAAAUGUGUCAAUUGAACACUGAAACUCUACAAGUGGAAACAUGUCACAGGCUCAAAUCUCAUUCUCCUGUCUGGUUGUGCUUGUCUGCUGCUGUUUCAUCUGCUCCACCCUGACAACUUCCAAGAUAUCUUCAUAUGCUAAAAAGGAGGACAAGCUGUUAAAGGAUAUCUUCAGAAAGUACCAAAAAUGGGUUAGGCCAGUGGAAAAUCUGAACGGGACAAUACGAGUCAAAUUUGGACUGGCCAUCUCACAGCUGGUCGAUGUGGAUGAGAAGAAUCAGCUGAUGACAACCAACGUGUGGAUGAAGCAGGAAUGGGUUGACACUAAGCUGCGAUGGAACCCUGAGCACUACCUUGGUAUUACAUACAUCAGAGUGCCAUCUGACUCUAUAUGGAUCCCAGACAUUGUGCUCUAUGACAAUGCAGAUGGGCAAUUUGAAGCCACAGCUACCAAAGCUGUAGUGAAGCAUGAUGGCACCAUCUCCUGGACGCCACCCGCAAACUACAAAUCAGCCUGCACUAUUGAUGUUACCUUCUUCCCUUUUGACCUUCAGAACUGCUCCAUGAAGUUUGGCUCAUGGACCUACGAUGGCUUGCAGGUGGACAUCCUUCUGGAGGACAUCCAUGUGGACAAGCGUGACUACUUUGACAAUGGUGAAUGGGAGAUUGUGACAGCCACAGGGAGCCGGGGUAUGAGGAUGGACACGACAGGCUCCUAUCCCUUUAUCACCUACUCCUUCAUCAUCCGGCGUCUCCCUCUCUUUUACACGCUCUUCCUCAUCAUUCCCUGCAUUGGUCUGUCCUUCUUGACUGUGCUGGUCUUCUACCUGCCCUCUAACUGCGGGGAGAAAAUCUCUUUAUGUACUUCCGUUCUCGUCUCACUGACUGUGUUUCUCCUGGUGAUUGAGGAAAUCAUCCCGUCUUCCUCAAAGGUCAUCCCUCUUAUUGGCGAGUAUCUCGUCUUCACCAUGAUCUUUGUCACGCUCUCCAUCAUCAUCACGGUCUUUGCUAUCAACAUUCAUCAUCGCUCUUCGUCCAUGCAUCACGACAUGGCGCCCUGGGUCCGCCGCAUCUUCCUCCACAGUCUUCCGAAGCUGCUUUGCAUGCGCAGCCAUGUGGACCGCUAUGCCACAACAGGAGGGAGUCAUCGAGCUGGAGGAACAGCGGCGCUAAACUGUGCGAAGGGCUUAAAAGAAGACAGCAGCCUUCUGCUUAACUCAGCGGCAGACAACCUUCAAGCAGCACUGGACUCCAUUCGAUACAUCACGCAGCAUGUGGUAAAGGAGAAUGAAGUCAGACAGGUUGUUCAGGACUGGAAGUUCGUAGCACAAGUUCUCGACCGUGUCUUCCUGUGGGUCUUCUUGUCAGUAUCUGUGCUCGGUUCUGCUCUGCUCUUCAUUCCUGUCAUUUACAAAUGGGCCAAAAUCAUUGUUCCAACCCAUGGUGAUAACAGUAGCUAGGAAAUCUACAGUGGAUUGCUCAGAGCUCAUAAUAUUAGAAAAAACACCCUGCCAAUUACUGAUUGAUCAAUCGAUUGAUCUUUUAUUAUACAGCGUUUAUUUCCAAAGCAGUGCCAAACGUUCGAUGAAUAAAUAAAAAUAAAAACUAUUUUAUAUUUUCCCUUUUUCACUAAGACACGCACUGCUGCAAAAUUAUACUUCCAUUUUGCAAUUAUUCGUUUUAUUUAUCCAUUAAAUCAUGUAUUUAAAUACUGAACACAUUCCUCAUAAACAACAAAUACUUUGUAAUACAUUAGUAUAAUUUUGGGAAAUAAUACAAUUAAUAAAAACCUUUCA